AUGCCUCUCACGACUGCCUCAUUUCACUCGCUUCUGGCACACAGCACUCAGGUACUGUCGGCAGCAGCCUCAAGAGCUCGCAACGCGCCUUUGACUGGAGCACUGUCGGAAUUACCGUCCCAACUACCUGAACCGCCACCAGGACACCAGACAGCGCGGACUCGAUCAUCAACAACGAAAGCAAAACGACCCCCUGCGUUUACGGUAUUCACCGACAACACCGGAGCGACAGAGCAAAUACUAGACGACGCGGAUCCCACAACUAGCAUCAUUGACGAAUGCACAGUACCUGACAUCGUUGACCGAUGCUCCCUAACAGAUAACGACCUGUUCAGUGAGCUAACCGCCGACGAAAUCCGCAGUUUGGUAGAACGAUUGUUGCCAGACCUCCAAGAAGAUGGAGUUCAAGAGUUCCUUGCGACCGUCUAUGACCAUGCAUGCACAUCGCCGCCUUUCGUUAUACCCCGCCGAGAGCGAGAUCCGUCCACCUGGCCGCUUACGUAUCCGGACAUGGACUUCGCAUGGGGACAGGCAGUGGAAGGCGAACAUGCUAUUGAGCUCCCGGACACAAUGGACAAUUGGAUUGACAUGAGCGAGAGCAAUUUGGUUAAACCUACUGGAAGCCUCCGCGAUACCCUUCUCAUUGUCAGCUCAUACCCGACUGCGCGCGUUGGGAGCACAGUUCAUCGAUCGUAUGGUACAACUAUGGACAUGUUCAACGUUUCGCUAUUUAUGCUCUACGCCAAACUUGGGCACAACGUAUCCUCGAUCAGGCACCACGGCGCCCUCCACCUGAACCUAUACCCCAGGAGGAUCAACCGAAAGCUAGUACCAACUGGUCAAGGAGUACUAGAAAAGCUACCAGCUCAACUCCGAGAAUAUUGGACGUCGUUUGCCCACGAGCUAGAGGACAAAUCACAAUCCAAGCUCGCCCUCCUCGUGAGUCCGCAGGCGUUGCCACCGUACAACGCUACCGGAAAGAGAUUCAUCACGGAGUAG